AUGUUUAGGAUUUCUGAUGUCUGCAACAUUGUUCGUUAUCCGUCUGGGCAGUAUUCCACCAAGGAUGAGAUCAAUCACGUGCGCGGGAUAAGUACAGGAGAUUGGCAGCUAUUACUCCGUACCGUCCCUGUUAUCAAAGCUCCCUAUCCCUAUCUAUUAUUAUCUAUCUAUCUAUCUAUCUAUCAGAUUUUUCCGACCGGAUUAAUCUCGCCCUUUAUCGCCGAUGGAGGGGGAGGGGGAGGGGCAGGGGCAGGGGCAGCAGCGGCAGCUACAGCAACCUCGACAGAUGAGUCCAGACUCGACGACUCUCAGCUAUGUACUGUACCUAAUUGUGCUGUUGUAGCCUGGAGUGUACGGAGUAUCAUCAAACCAAACCACGGCGCAUUAUUGAUUCACUUCACUUCACUUGCAGAUACCUUAGGUAAGUUCAGUUCAGGGAGCUGGAGACGGCCCGCAGCAGAUCCGAGGAAGGAAGCUGGUCAGUGCCAAGUUGAGUACAUAUACUUUUUAGCUAGUGCACAGGGCACAACUUUAGGGACUCGCGACUCGCGACUCGAGGUCAUCAUUGGAAGGCAGGGCUUCCAAUCCUUCCGUGACGUGUCUUAG